CUGUUUCACAAAGUAGUUCAAAUAGUAGAAAUACACAACAUUUAUGAAUAUAGUACACCUCUAUCUUUGCUUGUUUAGGAACUAUAGAACUUUUACUGUAAAAAUACCCUAAUUUUGACCCCGAAUUACUCGCAAGAAAGCAUCGUUUUAUUCAAAAACUCUCUCCAGAGAAUCAGAAUAGUUUCAAGCAGACUGAAAAGCAUUAUAAAUCAUGUUUAAAAGCACAAAAGUUAAGCAAAAUUUAUAGGCUGACAAAAUCGGGAUUAAAAGCUGAUAAAAUCGGGGGUAGACAAAAUCAGGGAUAGACAAAAUCGGGAGCUGACAAAUUGGAACAUUACUGUAUUUAUUCAUUAUUUAGACAUUUUUUGAGAAGAGUCAGUGCCUAAUAUGGAAUAAGAAAAACUUGACGAACUGAAAAAUUUUGUUAUAGAAACCAUGAAAAUAGUAACUUGGGGCAGCAAGUUGACACAUCUUUCGAUCGCAGUCAAGGAUGUUUCCGUUACACCACCACGCCCUUAUGGUCAAGUUUGGUUAUAUUAUCGUUCGACACACUCCAACUAGUUUCAAUCAGUGUUGUAAAAAAUUAUUUGGCCUAGUCUUUAACCAAUUAAUUUCCACGAAACAAAAUGCUAUACAGCAAAUUCUUUUUUUUUAAUUCGGACGAUGCAUGCUUUGUAAAAAAACGUGCAAAAAUAAACCGUGUUAUUUCGAGAAACCGUCUAAAUCAAUCGUGCUAUUUCGAGAAGCCGUGCAAAAAAGUCGUGCAAAAAUCCAUGUAAAAAAUCCGUGCAGAAAAGGAAUUGGGUGUAUCUUCAUUUUGCAUAACUGACAUCGUCAAAAUUUUAAAAAUUGCCUAAUCUAUUUGCAGCUUGUCUCUCAAAGGUUUUUGUUUGAUUUUGAUAGGUUGGCUAUUAAAACAGGGGUGCCCUAAGGCUCAAUCUUAGGUCCACUACUGUACAACAUAUUUACAUUUGAUUUUUCCAAAUUACUCCCCGACUGUGCAAGGCUGUGGUUGUGCUUAGCCGGUUUUAAUCAUGAAAAUAUAUCAACUAGAGUAUUUAUUUUUGUUAAAUCUCAGGACCAUUAACCACACUUUUGCCGAAAAGUAGUUUCCAGGUCAAGAAACCCUUCUUGCACUUUUUCAUCGCUGUCUUAAUUAUGACGAAACCUUUUCCGGAAGUAAUAAAAUCAAUUUCACCUUUUGCCGAUCGAUUCUGUAGACUCUCGCCUCUAGCUGAGAAGAGAAUCGAAUGAUCCACAAUCCAUGGUCCAUGAUCCACGAUCAUGCUGCUGCAGCCGCGCAUUGGCAUACUUAUUUUCGAUCGCUCAAUGCCUACUUGCAUCGAUCGGUCACGCUCACCUUGAUAAGUCCGGAUUCGGUAAGAAACUGCUGCUUACUUCUACCACGGCAUGUCGUUGUCGUUCUCUACACCCAGAUUGGGCCGACAUUCGAUGCAAUUUAUUCGUUUCAGACUCAGACUCUGGUUGGUUGGUUGGUUGGUUGUUGUUUUUUAUGUCCCGAGUGGCGCGCCGCGCCGUAUGUUGUUGCACAGAUCCGGCCCAACCAGUUCCGAUUGCUGCAUGCAGUCAGUCCGCCAGUCAGCCAGUGCUAGCGUGAAAGAAGUAGGCAAAAUGCUGUUUUAAAAAUAGUAUGCUCUGUUGACAUUCGCAUUCGAGCAAAAGUCGACGAUUGCUGUUUGCUCUGGAGACUUCUUCGUUUCAAUGUUUUUCUAAGCGCCGAGGUUUUCCAACAAGUAGGCGAAAGUAGUUGGGGUCGAGUGGAAUCCUAACUUCUUCUUGUCACCACGAUUUACCUCCUUUUUAUGUAACCUGUUUUAUAUUGACCAUAUUCGUUGGCACUUAACGACCUUCGAGGCUGUUCACGACUGUAGAAGGAUUGUGGCAUGCUCACAUGUCAGUAAAUUGCAUUGCAUCGAGCUGCUCCGAGACCGUUGUACUAAUUUACAAACCAGCUGAUUGUGCGAGCAGCUGACAUAAAAUCAGGAAGCUGGUCCGUGGGCGUCACUCGACUUUGAUUGAAUAUGUUUUGCAAUCUUUUACUGGCAAGCUUGACCGGAUGGUUUCAAAAUUAGUUGUUUAAUCUGGUUGAAACUAAUUAACUUUUUCAAGUAAAUUUAUCCAGUCACAACCAUCACAAUCACAAAUGGUUUCUUGUUUCUGUUGAUUUUUUUAAAUUAAUGGCUAAUUCAAAAAUCGCAAUCCAACUAUGGCGUUGACCACCACCACCAGAUGUUAAAAAAGCUUUUAGUUUUCCACAUUAAGCCACCUGGACAGGCACGAGAUCAAGCAAGCAAAAAAACAGCAAUCCAGCCCUGGUUAAAUCACCUCCCCAGUGGCACACCCCUAAUUUGGUAGAGAUGACCUAAAUGAUGACAACUUUGAGAUCAUCACUCUCUGACGUCAGUGCCGCGAUUCGAAGAACCAAAAACAACCGCGUUUGUGAGUAAUAUACCGCGCUCCAGCUCCCGUCGUAAGUGAAGGACUCAACAUUCGAAGAAGAACCCUAAAGCCACUGGAAGAAUAACCCUCCGAUUCCCGUUCGUUCCGCAGCCAGCGCCACACCGCGGCCCCCGUGGGAAUUGUGUAAACAAACAUUACGACCCCAUGGCGAGUGAAACCUAGCGAUUGCGCUAGGUAGGUGCUGCACCGAAAAAAAAACGCGAGUGAAUAAUCGGUGGUUUUAAUAAUUGCCAAAAUGGUGCUGGUGCUAUUCGCUUUCAUUUGGCCGGACGGGUUCAGUAGCAUCAUCGCCGACAGAAGAUAGAAAGAAAAAGAAAAAAAUUCCUCCCGAAAAAAGUGCAAUCCGCGCGUAGUGAAGGUGAAAAUCAAACGAACGAACAGAAGAAGAAAAAAAACGCAUAAUCACUCGAAUCGAAAUUGGAUUACAACUUUUGCCUCUCUAGACAGUGCCCCCGCACCGACAUCGGGCACCGUUCAGUACUGUGAAACCGCACCGCAACGACGACCAAAAGUUUAUUACCAAAUCAAAUCGAAAAAAAGCCGAAAUCGAAUUUUCCGCCCAUAAGCUUCCAGUAACGAUUUACCACCGUCAUCCAGUUGUAGCAGCUUUUUUCUUUUUUUUUUAAUCGACCAUCUACGCCAUCUAUUCCGGUCCAUUUUCAUCCAUCAUUGGCUGCUGCUGCCCUAGGCUACUGCCGCUGCAACUGCUGCUGUACCGUGUUUACUAAUUUGUUAGUUAGUCGAAGGCAUUGUUUCGAAAGUUUUCUUCUGUAGAGAAAACAAUCAACUCCGGGCCAGAGCGAAUCAGCCGAGAGAAAAAUGACUAUUAACUAGUGCUUUGUGUAGGUAUGUGUGAAAAAGAUCUGCACGUCGUCGUAACAAAGGAAAGUGAUAUUAAAAGUGAAAUUGAAAAACGACCGUAAUUAAUUAAACAAUAAACUGCAACACAGCGGCAGCGACUCCCAGUUUCUUGUCCGACAGAGGGGAAAGCAACAUAGUAGGUGCGGUCGGUAGUAGGAAACCAUGCGACUCCCGGCAUCCCCCUAGUGACGAACGUACGAGUCGAUUAAAGUCGCACCGAAAUGCUCGACCCGGAGCUGUUCGUCGGUGGUGGCAACGUCGUCGUCGGCGGGGACCAUCAUCACCACUUCAAGAACCAUCAUCGACACUAUCAUCACCACCAUCAUCCGCAUCCGCAUCCGCCGCGAAAUGGAUCCUCCUCAUCGGGAGGCGAUCGCCGAUCGUCAUCCCGAUCUUCCCCACGACAGCAUCUGCAUUCGAGCAGCGACGGCGAAAAGCUAAAGUACCAGAACGCAUUCAGUGCUCCCAGUCCGGGCAGUUCGGAGAAGUACUUCCGGUACUACCCGCAUCAGCACAGUAGCUAUUACGAUUUGAGUGAAAAGUUGGAUAGCCUAAAUCUUGGCAAGUCGGAAAGUGGAAGUGAAUCGAGGAAAAGUGAUAGAAAUAACGAUAGUAAUAAUAAUAACCACAGCAAUAACCACAGUGCAAGCAGUGUCCUCAGCAAUGGUAGCGAAAACGGCAGCAGCAGUGGGGCAAGCAAGAAGAGAACCACCGUGGUUUACGUGGGUGAUGGCCGCAGUCGAGUGCGGCGGGUUGUUCGCACGCAAACCCGCCACAUUACGGUGGUGAGCUAUUCCGGGAAGAAGAAGGAAACGGAAACGCACACCACGCACCAUGCAACGGUUCUAAGUUUUCCACAAAAGAUCGAUCGUCCAGCCCAGAUUUACUCGACACACCACCACCAUCCGGGCAAUGGUAUCCUGGCCAGUGGUGCCGGCGGCAGCAGCAGCAAUGCCAGCAGCCUCUGCGGGGGCUCCACCGGGGGAAGCAGCGGCGCAGUGGUCACGGCCUCCGGUGGGUACGUGUACCUGCCGCAAACGACCGUCGUCAGCCCGGCGCAAACCCAGCACCAACACUACGUGUCGCCCCAGCAGCUUGCCUACCAUCAUCACCAUCACCAGCCGAACAGCUACCACCAUCAUCAGCUCGGUGGACAUCAAACGACGAUCACCACGCCGACGCUGCACAAGAAGGGAUCGAUCCGCAACAACGGCGAGGUGCUCAAGCGGACGCGGGUUCAGAAUGCGUAUGAGCUGUCGCAGGAUCUGUUGGACAAGCAGAUCGAACUGUUGGAGCGCAAGUACGGCGGCGUCAAGGCACGCAACGCAGCCCUCACGAUUCAGCGAGCGUUCCGGCACUACACGAUGGUGAAGAAGUUCGCUUCGAUUACGGCGAUGGCCAAAGCAGAGAAGCGCAUGAGCCGGCGGGUCCAGCAUCAGCAGCAGCAACAGCAAGCAGAACUGGAAAUGUUGCACCACCAGCAACAGCAGCAGCAGCUACAGAGCCAUCUAGCACCGGAAGAGGUUCAACUGUACGAAGACGGGAGCCUCGUCGGAGGGCAGCGCGUUUGUGCCACAAUCUCUGCAACGCCACCGGGAACUCUGCAUCACCGGGUGACCCCGGUUCGGAGCAUGUCACUGCGCGAGCGUCGCAUGGAUUCCAGUCCGAUUCCACGCAGCCAGUCCGGCACUGCCUCGCCUGCCCCACCUGCCAACAAUUCCUGGUCGCAAGGCCAGAUGGCCACCACAGUUUCGGUCGGAAGCCAACAGCAAUACUCCCACCCGCAUGUAAAUAUUCUGCACCAACAGCAACAGCAGCAGCAGCAACAACAGAACUAUUACAACAACGUCGUCGUCAACGCGUCCUCUUACCAAAGCCAAUACGGAUCACAGGAUCUGAACAUUAGCGGCGGCAGUUCGGUACUGGAUUCGACCAUUUCGUCGAUGAACCUUUCGUGGAACUCCGGUUCCGGAGCGGCCAUCGUUGCCACUGCCGGCAGUGCACACCAAAGUCCGUACACGCCGCACUAUACGGCCGCCCAGAUCUACAUGCGCCCGCGCGGAAUUGGCAUCGGAAGUUCCGGUGGUAGCUCCGGUUCGGCGGGCAGUGUUUGCAGUGCCAGUCGAAAAGUGCCUCCCGAAGUACCAAAGAGAACAUCCAGCAUCACAUCCGCACAGCACACACCGAACCGAUCGCUGAGGCCCAACGGUCUGUGCAAAACGGCCGAAAACGGUUCGCUCAGUUCAGUACAAUCUUCCGGCAGUGAUUCGUCGGCUUCGGCCGAGCGGAUACAGGGCGUCGGUGAGUUGGGUUCAGAUCGAUCCAGCUCACCGCAGUGGAAGCGCAAGGGCCCUGGAAGCAACAGUGGCAGUGCCAGUGGAAUCCAAAUUACCGCCCAGAGUCCGGACCACAUGAUCGGGGCUACCAGUGCGGUUGCAACCGGCGUCGGACCAGCCAACAGCGUUAACGUUACGAUCAGCAGCAUGGAAAGCGAAUGUCUAAGCUCGCACACUAGCGCCGCCCAGUAUUCGAUGGAACAGCACGAUCAGAUCGUUCAUACACCGACCAGCUACAAAGUGUCGGAGACGAUCCGAAAGCGGCAAUACCGAGUCGGGCUGAAUUUGUUCAAUAAAAAGCCGGAGAAAGGUAUCACCUAUCUGAUUCGUAAAGGCUUCCUGGAAAACACCCCGCAAGGUGUCGCCCGGUUUCUCAUCUCGCGGAAGGGUCUCUCACGGCAGAUGAUUGGCGAGUAUUUGGGCAAUCUGCAGAACCCCUUCAAUAUGGCCGUGCUGGACUGCUUCGCCGGCGAGCUGGACCUCUCCGGUAUGCAGGUGGACGUAGCGCUUCGCAAGUUCCAAGGUUACUUCCGGAUGCCGGGUGAGGCGCAGAAGAUCGAACGACUGAUGGAGGUCUUCUCCGCUCGGUACUGCCAGUGCAACAGUGACAUUGUGGCCCGACUGCGCUCGCACGACACCGUUUUUGUGCUUGCCUUCGCCAUCAUAAUGCUAAACACGGACCUUCACACGCCGAAUCUGAAGCCGGAACGGCGGAUGCGGUGCGAUGACUUCAUUAAAAAUCUGCGCGGAAUCGAUGACUGUCACGACAUCGAUCGGGACAUGCUGAUGGGAAUCUACGAGCGGGUCAAGGCGAACGAGUUCAAACCGGGCUCCGAUCAUGUGACACAGGUGAUGAAAGUGCAGGCCACGAUCGUGGGCAAGAAACCGAACCUAGCGCUGCCCCAUCGGCGGCUAGUGUGCUACUGUCGGUUGUAUGAAAUUCCGGAUAUCAACAAAAAGGAACGGCCUGGCGUGCACCAGCGCGAAGUGUUCCUGUUCAACGAUCUGCUUGUGAUAACGAAGAUAUUCAGCAAAAAGAAGAGCUCCGUUACGUACACCUUCAGGAACAGCUAUCCGCUGUGCGGCAUGGUUGUUACGCUGCUGGAUGUGCCCAACUAUCCCUACUGCAUCCGACUGUCGCAGAAGGUCGACGGUAAGGUGCUGGUCACGUUCAACGCUCGCAACGAGCACGAUCGGUGCAAGUUUGCCGAGGAUCUGCGCGAGUCGAUCAGCGAGAUGGACGAGAUGGAAACCCUGCGCAUCGAGGCCGAACUGGAGCGGCAGAAGUCCGCGCGCGGUCAGCGCAGCGGAAACAGCGAAAACCGCGACAGUGGCGUCGCCGACGUCGAGGUGUGCGCCGGUCAGUAUCACCAUCACCAUCUGCACCAGGGUAACGGCAGCGGACCGAACGGUACCGGCGUGCUCGGCGGCGGUGUCUCGCCGAGCGACUGCGGAAUUGCACACACACAUAGCGAAGCACAGUUGAAGCGAAGCGCUCUUAGCAAUUCACUCUUAGAUAUGCACGAACAAUUUGGCAAUGAGAAGCCCCAGCGGCGCGGUAGUGUUGGCUCGCUCGAUAGCGGAAUGUCAAUCUCAUUUCAAUCCACCUCCGCAAGCACGGGUUCGCGUAGCGACAUCAAGGUACGAAUGAUGCCCCACAGCAACACAUCCGGUCAGAUCAUAAUGCAUGCCGGUCAGCAUCCGACCGCCCUGAUGGGUGCCAUCUAUCAUCAGCAAAUUCUGCAACAGCAGCAGCAGCCGCCGCCGCCAGCUCAGCAAGCGGCGCCAGUACAGACACAAACCACGGCGACGGCGGCAACGCCGCCCAUCAAUCCUAACCAGCAGCUGACGCCUGUUCCGCCACAGCAGACUCGCAGAGAGCGGAAAUUGUCCCGCUCGGAAGAUGUCGCCGGCACUAGCACUCCUGCUGCUGCCGGUUCUGCAUCUGGCCCGAACUACGGACGCUCGACGGAAGUUUAAACCUUAUCCAUCGAAUGAUACUGUAAAUAGCGAAGACACAAACCAAAUCAUUUGCUCUAGUGGAUGUUUUUUCUCUCCUUUGAUUGAUUGAUUAUAAACGCGUGACAUAAUUAUAUUAAAAUUUCCAAAACCCCAGUCAUCGUUCAAAUGUUUGACAAAAUAACAAGUUUAGAUUCAAAUAAUUCAAAGUUUCGAAACAAACACAAACACACAAUAAUCGUUACACAAGCCGCAAUAGCAAUUAAACGUAUACAACAUGAAUGUAUGAGAAAGCAGCCAAAACGUUCCGUCUCUGUUAUCGGAAUUGUGCAUGUAAAUAGUUAGAUUUUCCUCCCUAAAAUCGAAAACGCCCCUUUAACACCCCCUCUACAUAGUUGUAACAAUUCCUCUAACUAGCUAAUGUAAUUUGCAUCAACCAUGUUAGGACAAGCAAGCCACAACGGAAUAACCGUUAACAAAUUGAUUGUAUCUAGGAGCGUACCUAUCAUAGACUACAACAAACAAACAAACAAUAAAAGAUAAAAGUUUCCGCUCAAGCGAAUUCAAAACCAAUCAAUGUCUUUAAAUGAACGAUUUAAGUAAGUAAGAGGAAGCAACUGGAAGCAAGUACUGUGGUGGGAAGUAGCCAUGCGCCAAUCGACGUGACUUUAUUUUUGUAUUAUUAUAUUAUAACCCCUCCAAAAAAAACAAAACAAGAUUUACCAACAAAAACAACAUAUGUACACAAACUCUGUAUCAUUACUGUCGUCGUAAUAAGAUACCCCAUGCCAAGGAUUUUCACCCGAAAUGGAAGAAUUGUACAUUAUGUUCUGUGUAUCAAAUUUGAAGUAAUAAUCUGUUCUACGACUAAGGAGAAAGCAAAACUGUGGAUUUGAAGAGGAACCCGCGCACUUUGAAUCGGACGUAGAAAGAACAAAAAACAUGUGGAUUGUAAACAGUAAGUGUAGGUUAGAUGUAAUGUGAAAAAACAAUGGAAGAGAAAAACGCGAACACCCGACGAAAGGAAACGGUUUAGGAUAUGCGGUUAAAAAAAAGAAGAAAAAAAUAAUCUAGUCCUGUUCGAUAAACGUAGUAAUUUGACUUACUAAAAAAAUAAACAAGAAAACAAAUAAUAUAUUCGUAAAACAUAAGAAACAAAACCCUACUACUACAGCAGCAACAUUGAAUGCUUCACUCAAAUGCAGACACACUCACAACAAACAAACACACACACACAAACGAAAGCAAAUUUUUGACGCCCGGUGGCGGAUCGAGAAAGAAACAACUUACCACACCAAACAUUCUAAUAUUUAACGAUAGUAAAACAAACAAAAAACCAUACAUACAAACACACAUUCUUAUCCGAUGGUUACGAUUCGCAGUUCCAAAAUCCAUACUUAAAAAGUUACAAGAAUUGAUAAAAUAGUAAACAAACCGACAAGCAAAAAUGUACAUCUCUCAACCAACCUCUCGUGGUUGUUCCCCGAGUUACCUUAAUAUGCCCCUCAAUCCUCCCUCUCCCUCUCUCACUCUUCGCAUCCCCAUCACCCCGAUUGAUCCCACUCCAUUUACAAAUCUGAUGUGGAGAUAUACCUACCUAUCCUAUAUAGCAGUAGUUAUUAUAAUUAAUCGAUCCUGUGGAACAAUACAAAACAAACAAAGCAAGCAAGCAUAUUUCCGUAAACCAAUUAAACAGAACAAUAAAUAUU